ACAAACAAUUUGGAAGACCUCUAGACUUAUCUAUUCAACAAGCAAGGUGCCCGUGGACUUGACAACAAGCAACAUCUCUGAAGACAUUAUUUAGAUUAAAAAUCCAAGAUGCCAGGAAGACACGGCGACGGCGAUUCCCAAAAUGCAGGCGAAGCAGGAACGUUUGAAACACUCAGAGAUGAAGGAGAAUACUUUGUUCAUGUUAAACAAUUUCAAAAAGCCAUUGAAAGUUUUACAAAGGCCCUGGAGAUGAGCACAGGAGACAAAAACUGUCUAGUAACCAGAUCAAAAUGUUGGCUUCAACUUGGAAAUGCUGAAAAUGCAUUAACUGAUGCAGAAGAAGCUUUAAGAGAGGAUAAAGAUUUUAUCAGGGGACUGUAUCAAAAGGCAGAAGCAUUGUAUCAGCUUGGAGACUUUGAAACAGCUUUAGUAUUUUUCCAUAGAGGUCACAAAUUGAGGCCAGAAUUACAAGAACUAAGAAUGGGAAUACAGAAAUCGGAAGAAGCAAUUAACAACAGCAUUGGUGUGCCAGAGUCAGUUAAGUUACAGGCUUCAGGAGAUUUGUCAUAUUUCUUCAAACAUGAAGAGGAAGAGAAGAAGAAGCAAAAGGAGUUAGCACAACAAGCAUUUAGUGCUAAAAGCAAGACAUCUUACAGUGAUUCAAAAGCCAAACAAUCUAAAGGAACAUACCAAAAGCCUGGUGCAAAGAAAGAAGCAAAGAAAGAGAGAGAAAGACCAAAAAGUGGAGGAGAUUCAAAAACUAUCAAACAAUUACUGGGAGAAUUAUAUGGCGAUAAGGAGUACCUAGAAAAAUUAAUGAAAGAUAAAUCUUUAACUGGAGAAAAAUCACCAAUGGAAAGAGAUAUAAAACACAAAGUAUAUGAUGGUCUAGAAUACCUAAAUUCUAGGGCCGAUUUCUGGAGACAACAGAAGCCCAUGUAUGCACGUAAACGAGACAAGGAGAAGUCAAGACGUAGUGCCAAACAACAAUCUAGAGAUCCAAGAUCUUAUAUACUUAGAAGUCUAGAUGAAAUUGAAGAAGACCAAUCAGAGGGUAAAUAUGAACAGAGUUUGAAGAAGGCACAGAAAGUACUGAAACAAGUGGAAGGCAUGUCAUCUGAUGAACUUCAGAACCGAGCAGAAAUCAUGGCGACCUUGUACAGUUCUAUAGGUAAUGCCUACCUAGAGAUGAACAAUUUCAACAGAUCUAUGGAAUACCAUGAACGAGACCUGGAACUCUCAAGAGAACACGAUUUAGAAGAUGCUAAGUCAAGAGCUUUAGAUAAUUUGGGUAGAGUUUAUGCCAGAAAAGGAUCCUUCCAAAAGGCCAUUGAUGUGUGGUGUGAGAAGAUACCUAUGAGUAAGUCACCAUUAGAAAGUGCCUGGUUAUUCCAUGAAAUAGGACGAUGUCAUUUAGAAUUAAAUCAAUAUGUGGAUGCUAGAGACAAUGGAAGGAAAGCUCUAGAGGCAGCCAAAGAGGCAGAAGACGACACUUGGAAAUUACACGCCUCAGUUUUAGUAGCACAAUCUGAAGUUAAAAAUGGUGAAUUACAAGCAGCAGCCUCAUCAUUUGAAGAAUCGUUACAAAUUGCUAAAGAUUUAGAAGACAAUGUAGCAGAACAAGCCAUUAAAAAAGCUUUAGACGAAGUUAACGGUAAAAUAGUACGAGGUGAAGGAGAUGAGGAAGAUGAAGAUACAGAUAAAAAAACAGAGCAACGACCUGGAACAGCUGGAUCGGCAAAAAUAGAGAGUAGACCAGGAUCAACAGCACUUUCUGAUUUAAAAAAUCUCCAAGCGAGUCAAAGAAAACGUAGUCCUGAUGCUAGUCUCAAAACUCCAAGAGGGUCUGGAAGGAUGAGAUCUCCUGCUAAGCCUCCAGCAACUCCCAUAGGGUCUAGGGGUCGGUCCCCUAUAAAAUCACCAACUAAAAGUCCUGCUCCUGAUAGAAUGACACCUAUAUCCCCUUCAAAGGAGGGGAGGGAUUCCCCAGCCAAACAACCCUCUGUCUCUUUUCAUGAAGAGACAGGGUCACAGAAAGGUCACGAGUCUGCUGGAGGCUCAAAACAGGGUGGAUCAGCCAUUAGUGUUGCAAAAGAGGAACAAAAGACUGAAGAAACAAAAGAAAAAGAACAAGAAGUAGCAGAAUAAAGCAUGUGACUGUCAUGUGACUAGAAACUUUUAUCCAAUGAAACGCAUUUACUCCAGUUUAUUUGAGUUGUCUGAUCUGUGAUAUACUAAAUGCCGUCCAAAAUUUUUAAACUCAUUUUAAAUUUCUGAAUAUAGCAAAUCCUUUCAGGGCAAAUAUGAUUCAAGUACUCACUGCUUAGUUUUAAUUUUUAAUUUUUUUAAUUUUUCAAAUUUAUCUUAUUUAGUUACAUAGCUAACUAUAAAAUAAUGUUUUGAACAAAAAAAUAGUUAUUUUCAUUAACCAAAUGG